AUGAUUGAUAUGGACGCUUAUGUAGAAGAGGAAAUACCACGGUCACGAAAAAUUAAGGCAGCCGGAAAGCGGUUCCUCAGACGAGGACUAUCCGUGAGCGCCGAAAAAAUCCCAGUUCGAGAAAGAAAUAUCAAACGCGUGUCCACAUUUAAAUCAAUGAGAAGCUUUAUUGGUCUCGGAAAGAACCGAUUACAAGACAGUAGUGAAGAUGAAGAGUAUCUGCUCGAGUCUCUGCCGGGACCUUCGAGUGAACCAGAUGUCGUCUACAGUCAGAUCAGAUCCUCUAUGUCGUCUGACGAACCAUUACUCGAUCCACCUUCACCAGUUGAAACACCGAAAACAAAGAAAAUGCGUGUUGCGAUGGAUAUGGCUGGGCCCUCGGCUUUAAAGGCAGCUGACUUCCAAAUUUGCAUCACAGUGAUAGAAGCUCGGCAAUUGGCCGGGCUCAAUAUGGACCCCGUUGUUUGCGUUCAAAUCGGCGAACAUCGUAAAUACACCAGCGUAAAAGAGAGUACCAAUUGUCCUUAUUACAAUGAGUACUUCGUGUUCGACUUCCACAUGCCACCAAUCAUGCUUUUCGACAAGAUAAUAACGCUUUCGGUUCUACACUCCCGCAAUAUUCUCCGCUCUAAUAAGCUGCUGGGUAAUUUCAAGCUGGAUGUGGCAACUGUGUGGAAUCAAACAGAUCGGCAGUUCUAUCACAAAUGGGCGUUACUUACUGACCCUGACGACGUCACCUCUGGUCCAAAAGGGUAUCUUAAGUGUGACAUUAGUGUUAUUGGAAAAGGCGACCAAGUCAAAAUACCACCAAAGAGUGAAAAGGAUGAAGAUGACAUUGAAGCGAAUUUACUGCUUCCGGACGGUGUUACGAUUGAUCGUCAAAGAGCGAGAUUUGUUAUCAAUAUAUAUAAGGCUGAUGGUUUACCUAAAAUGGAUACCUCUUUACUUGCGAACAUCAAAAGCGCAUUUACUGGUGAAAGCCAAGACAUCAUUGAUCCUUAUGUACAAGUUUCUUUUGCUGGAAUGACAGGAAAGACUUCAGUGCAAAAAAACUGUUCUGCCCCAGUUUGGAAUGAACAAAUUGUAUUCACGGAAAUGUUUCCACCUCUAUGCCAACGUGUCAAAAUUCAACUAAGAGAUAAUGUGGCCAUACAUCCUAGUAUAAUCGCCACCCAUUUCAUUGAUUUAAAUACUAUUUCACAUGAUGGGGAGAGAGGAUUUCUGCCAACUUUUGGACCAGCCUACAUUUAUAUGUACGGAUCUACUCGUGAAUGCGCUCUAUUAGAUCAAUCAUCUAAUUUGAAUAAAGGAAUGGGUGAAGGGGUGCAAUACAGAGCAAGAAUUCUAAUAUCUAUACGCACUGAAGUGAUUGAUAAUUUUGAAACGCCAUCAUCGGAAGUUGAAGUUGAACCAAUAAUGCCAAUAAACGAAUUUAUCUAUGAGAAACACGAGGAGUUUUUCUUGUUCGGAAGCGUCUAUAGUGUGAAUAUGAUUGAUAAAAAGUUAAGCGAUAAGCCGAUCCACUUUGAACUCAGUAUCGGAAAUGCCGGCAAUUCGUUAGACGGCCCUCACUCAUCGAUGAGGAGAGCGCAAGACUUGGCUGUCGAAUCUUUAGAUGAACUCAAAGCCGAUACUGGAUACUGGCAAAGCACAAGUUACCCUAUGAAAGCUCAGUCAGCUGAUAGAUAUUAUUACUACCUACCUUAUUGGGACACGAAGCAAUGUAUGCAUGUUCGCAGUAUAUGGCCCGACCAUCGCCGCCGUUUAUAUAAUUCAAACAUGUUAAGCUACAUAAUAGAUAUAUUGGAGGAUGGAAUCACAAACGCUGAAAUGGCUCUAAAAACAAAUGAGAACUUUGAAAAUACAGCUCUAGCAUCAUUGAAGUCUGUGAUGGAAACGGUCACUCACUACUGUGCAAAAUAUAUCGAAUACAUGAAGAACGGUCCGCCGCUUGGUAAUACAAAACUUGAUCGAGAAAGAGAAAAGUUAUGCAUUUAUGAAAUUGAACAACUCGCCAACAUGGCUCGAACACUUAAAGCAAUUAUAACAAGAAAUUCCGUUAAAGACCGACUGAAAACCGCCUACGCCUAUAUAAAUCGAUUAAGAUAUAUAUGUGAAGACUCACAACAUGCUAUGCCCGAUAUCUUCAUAUGGAUGAUAAGCAAUGGGAAGCGUGUAGCAUAUCAACGCAUACCUGCCCGAGACAUAAUUUAUUCAGAUCGACCUGAUGAAAUUGGCCAACUUUGUGGCAAAAUGCAAACACUAUUCCUAAAGUGGCCAGGUAAGAAAGCAUCGGCACCAAGCGGUUGGACCGUUCCAGCAAAAAUCGAGAUCUACCUUUGGCUCGGACUCUUGCAAGACAAGCCGCAUUUUAUUGAUGGCUUACCUCGGGGUUAUUCAUUAAGUCCAGAAUUAAAAAAUAUAGAACGACCUCGGGCCAACCCGCCGAGCACUAUAUUCUAUUCUGAAAGACAUAAGUUCCAGAUGAGAGCCUACAUUUAUCAAGCGAGGUCAUUAAUAGGCUCUGAUUCCUCUGGGUUGUCUGAUCCAUUCGCUAGAGUUGUCAUUGAAGAUUGUUCUGCGACCACGCAAGUUAUUGACGAAACUCUAAGUCCAACUUGGGAUGAACUCCUCGUGUUUGAUGACGUGAUAUUAUACAGCACAAUAGAUGAAAUAAAAAAGAAUGCACCAACUAUAUCUAUUGAAAUUUUUGACCAGGAUAAAGUUGGAAAAUCUGAUUUUAUCGGGCGUGCUUUAGCUAGGCCACAUCUCAAAUCAUUGUAUGAAAAGUACGAAGAACCUGACUUUCCACCUCGUCUCGAGUGGUAUAACAUUUAUCGUGGUGGAGAAAGCGCUGGAGAGCUAUUAGCUACAUUUGAACUUCUUGAAGUACCUUUAAAACAAGGAACGCUUGAAUUACCUGAACUUCCAGAACCUAAAGAAUCUAAUGGGAAACCACCAGCUGAUGUUAAUAAAGGUCCGAUACUUCCUGUUCCUGUUGGAAUACGACCAACAUUGUCCAAAUACCGGAUUGAAGUACUUUUUUGGGGCUUGCGGAAUCUGAAGCGUAUACAUUUGCUAUCGGUUGAUAAGCCUAGAGUUGAUAUCGAAUGUGCCGGUCACAUUAUUCACUCCUCUAUAAUACAAAAUACAAAAAGGAAUCCCAACUUUUCAAAUCCCGUUAAAUACAUAGACGUGGAAUUGCCUGAUCAAGAUCUUUAUCGUCCACCAUUAACUAUUCUUGUAGUGGAUUGUCGCAGCUUUGGUAGAGUCACCUUAGUUGGUACUCAUACUAUCAAUUCCAUCCAUAAAUACAUGUAUACACCAAUGAGCAAACGUGAAAGAGAAAUAGAAGAGCGGAAAAAAUCUUUAAUACCACUUCAAAAUGUUGACUUGCAUAAUAAUCGUAUAAUCCAAGACGAUAUCAUUAUGACUACAGAUGACAGAGAAUGUUGUCCGUUAAUUAUACCCGAUUAUCCCUACGGUGCCUCUUAUGGCUCAGAUGCAACAUCUCCAAUGCGCAAGAAAAUACCUGGAUAUCCUAAACGUCAACUAAAUAGAAAGCGUAAACAAAGCUCGGAGACAAUACCGGUGGACGAUGAGGACAAAGAUUGGUGGUCAAAAUAUUUAUCCUCAGUAGAGAACAUGAUAGAUGAAGAAAAGGACCAUAAAAAGGAAAGUGAAGAUUUGUUACAACCUUGUCAAUUAAGUUACAUUGAUGAGACUCACUCACCGCGAGAUGACCGCACAAGACGGCGUCAAACUGUAUCGCCAAAGUCUAAGCUGAGCCCAACAAUCGCUAGUAUGAGUGAAAUACCAUAUUCCAAUUUGGCUAAAAUAUAUCCACAUGAGUUAGAAGCCGUACCAGAUUAUGAAGAGUUCAAAGACUGGCUACAUUCAUUUGACCUUUACCGUGGCAAGCAAACUGGAGAUGAUACAGAGGAUGAAAGUCGCAUUGUUGGCACAUUUAAAGGAGCUCUUAAAGUAUACAAAUGGCCAUUAUCAAAAAAUAUUGACGAUCAUAAUUCGAUUGCAUUCGAUCCCAACAAUGGAUUUUUCCAGGCAGUUCCUAGUAAUGAGCCGAUUCACGUUUUAAUAAGAGUCUACAUAGUAAAAGCUACUGAUUUACAUCCUAUGGAUUUUAAUGGUAAAGCUGAUCCAUACAUUGUACUUCAUCUUGGAUCACGAAAAAUAAGCGAUAAAGAACAUUACCAAUCCAAACAGCUAAAUCCUGUGUUUGGACGAUGUUUUGAAACCGAAGCUACUUUCCCACAAGACUCCAUGUUAACAGUUCAAGUUCUUGACUGGGAUUUGCUAGGAAAAGAUGAUUUGAUUGGAGAAACAAAAAUUGAUUUAGAAAAUAGAUUCUACAGCCGCCAUCGAGCAACUUGUGGACUACCAAUGAAAUACGACGAAGAGGGAUAUAACCGAUGGCGUGACGCAUUGAAACCAACUCAGAUUUUGGCUAAAUUAUGCAAAGACAUAAAAAUAGAUGCUCCUGUAUAUGAAUAUGGUCGUGUAAGAGUUGGUCGAACGAUAUUCAACAUGUGUAUGGACGACCCGGAAUUGUUUACUGAUCCCGAUACAAUUCAAGAACAAAUGGCAUUAAACGUUCUUCGGCGCUGGCAUGAGGUUCCCCGUCUCGGGACGCAUCUUGUUGUCGAACAUGUAGAAACCCGGCCACUUUACAAUCCUAGCAAGCCCGGUAUCGAACAAGGCCGAAUUGAAAUGUGGGUGGAUAUGUUUCCUAUGGACAUGCCUCUUCCGGGACCAUCCGUAAACAUCGCACCAAGGAAACCUAAAGCUUAUGAAAUGCGAGUCAUCAUAUGGAACACCGAUGAUGUAGUUCUUGAGGACGAUGCCUUCUUUUCCGGCCAAAAAAUGUCUGACAUCUAUGUAAAAGGAUGGCUGAAAGGUCCCGAUGAUUGUCAAAGUACUGACAUACACUACCGUUCAUUGACUGGCGAAGGGAACUUUAACUGGCGCUUUAUAUAUCCCUUUGAUUACUUAGAGGCCGAGGAGCGUAUUGUCACAUCAAGAAAAGAAUCCAUGUUUUCUUGGGACGAAACUGAAUGUAAAAUACCAGCUCGGCUAGAAUUACAAGUCUGGGAUGCAGAUCACUUUUCAGCGGAUGAUUUUUUGGGGGCUUUAACUUUGGAUCUAAAUCGCUUCCCCCGUGGUGCGAAAUCCUCUAAUCUUUGCAGCUUGGAGAUGUUACGAAAUGACGGUACAGUGCCAAUGGUUAACAUUUUCAAGCAAAAGCGUAUAAAAGGCUGGUGGCCUUUUUACACUAAACGGGACAAUGAAGAAAUGGAGCUCACCGGCAAAGUUGAGGCUGAAAUACAUUUACUUUCUCGGGAAGAUGCAGAGAAAAUGCCAGCAGGAUUAGCACGGAGUGAACCAGAUCCAUUGGACAAACCUAAUCGUCCUGAUGCAUCAUUUAUGUGGUUCUUGAAUCCACUGAAAUCCAUACGCUACAUUCUCUGGCACAACUACAAAUGGACCAUCAUAAAAGUCGGAAUGGUCAUUGCAUUUGCUUUAAUGAUCUUAUUGCUCGUGUAUGCAGUUCCUGGCUAUACAGUGAAGAAGUUCCUUGGAGCUUAA